CCACUUCAGCAUUGUUCUGAAAGCGCUCGCGAACAGGAAGAUGACGUAGGUGUCCUCUCCUUCUCCACUUGCUGAGCAACAUGGAAACAAAGGCCUGCCCCCUUUUUCAUGAGGAUUUCUUCACAGCCAGCGUUACUUUACGUGUAAUCAAGAUUACUAAAUCGGAUUACGAUACUUUUUGUGUGUUUUAGCUCGUCUUUAGCGGCAGACAUUGCGACUGAAAUGGAUGUGGAGCAGCGUGAUGUCUGCGGGGAGACUAAAUCGGCCAUUAACACUUGGCGUUAUCGCCACCAUUUCACGUACAAGGCUGAUCAGGGGAAAAAUAUCAUCGUCCAAUGUAAUCUGUGCCUGCCGAGGGUCAACCUGCUGUCCACGUCGAAAACCUCCACGUCAAACCUAAAGAAGCAUUUAGACAGAACACACCUGGGCUGUGAAGCCAGGCCUGAUGCAAAGAGAGGGAGAAAGAAGGAGGAGUACAACGGCGAGGAAAGCAGACACUGCCAGCUGAAAAAACUCAAAGCAGAGAUCAUCUCGAAAUGCCUGACCCAGUCCAAGAUUGAUGAUCUCAUCUUCAGCUUCAUUGUGGAGGAUUGUCAGUCUUUCUACGUGCUGGAGCAGCCUGGUUUCCAGAGGCUGAUCACAGGUUUGACGGAGGGGCUAAAGGUCAUGGACAGGGUGACCCUGUUUACCAAAGUGGACCAAGGCCUCACCAGAAUGCGAGAGGAGCUGCUAGUCAAGCUCAGCAGCAUCCAGUACGUCUGCACCACAGCGGACAUCUGGACGGCCAACGACAGGAGCUUCUUUGGCAUUACGUGCCACUGGAUCGAUCCGGAGUCACUCGAGAGAAAGUCUGCCGCUCUGGGGUUCCCGCGGCUGCAGGACACGAUCUCAUACGACUCCAUCGCUGGGCGGAUACACGACACCCAUGUGGCGUACAACAUUGAAAAUAAGGUCCAGACCACCGUCACCGACAACGCCAGCCCUUUUGCCAGCGUCUUCAGAGAGUUCGUGUCGGACAGUCAGGAAAGGGAUGACGACUUUGGGUUCUUCGAGAACGUGAGAACCAUACUGGAGGGCGAGCGAGAGCAGGACAUGCUCUUGUUCCUGCCCCCGGUGCAGCGAUGCGCGUCUCACGCCCUGGAGCAGAUCAUCACUGAGGACUUUUGGCAGGCCAUCUCGGAGGGGCCCAUGUGUCAGCUUCACUACAGCUCCAUGACCAAGGUGUUCUCCAUAUGGAACAAGUGCCACCAUGUCCAGGUCGGAAUGGAAGUGGCAGAGGAGAUUAGAAAGAUGGCGCUGGUCGUCCCAGCCGUUAUCCGCUGGAACGUGGAGUACUGUGCCGUGCAGAAGAUCAUCUCCCUCAGUGAGCGGGAGCUGACGGAGCUCUGUGCCCGUCUGGAGGUCACCCGCCUGCAGCCGGAGGAAAUGGCCUUCCUCAAGGAAUACGUGACUGUGUUCCACCCUCUCGCAUUUGCGCUCGAACUCUUCCAAGCAGAGCAGAAGUGCUACCUCGGUCUCGUCAUCCCAACCAUCCUGAGCUUGAAGAACAAGCUAAACGAGCAGAAGGACGCAGCCAGCUACUUUGGCGACGUCAUCAACAGCAUUGCCGUGGCGAUCGACGUUCGAUUCCAGGAGUUUUUCUCCAACAAUGAGGCAAAGAUCGCCACGGCAACGACCCCUCAAUUCCGCCUGUGGUGGAUGGCGGCCUCCGAGAGGGAGGAGAUGUGCUCCCUGCUGGCCACCGAGGCUUCCCAGAUGGAGCCCCGCGACGUGCCCGAGGCCAACACCAGCCGCAACCUGUCCACGAUAAAAUCCGAGGACGACUUCUUCAGCUACGGGUCGGCGAAGACCUCCACUCAGAACCAGCAGCGAGGGGUGACGGAGGAGAUCCGCAAGUACGUCGAGGGAACAGGGAAGAGCCUCGAGUGUCUGCAGGAUUUCCCCAGAGUGAAGCAGCUUUUUCUCAAAUACAACACCACCCUGCCUUCGUCGGCCCCCGUCCAGCGCCUCUUCAGCCAGAAGGGCAACCUCAUGACCUCGCAGAGAAACUUUCUAACAGACGACUACUUCGAACGCAUUCAGCUUUUAAGAUACAACAGCAGCGUGUGUCCUUUGUUAACAGAAUGACUUGUUUUGUUUGUUUUUUUUUGGUCCCAACCUUUCAAAUUGUGUGGAAUCAAACCAUAAUGUGCUAAAUCAUGACUGAAAAUAACAAAACGUCUCAUUUCAGGCUCUUUAGCCUUGAUGUGUUUUUUGCAUUUUCCUCCUCUCCAUGUUUUUUAUUAGUGAAGCAUACUUCUGCUCCUCCAUAAUGGCCUAAUGAAAAGAAAAUAUCUGAUUGACAAUCAUUACCACUGACAUUCAGAAAGAAUGAGCUGACAAAAAGCAUCUUCCUUUUGUGCUGUUUUUUUGAUUUUAGAAAAGCCCAAGAAGCUAAACUGAGGAUUUUGUCUUUUGGUUGGGCUACUUUUUUCUACAGCUGUUAAGUACGAAUGCAUCUUGUUCUCUAUGUUUUAUAUCGUAUAUAAAAAGGCAAACAAAACAUG